AAUCACUCACCGUCAUAUCCUACCUCUCCAAGGCCACAUUCACUAAUCGCAAUGCUACCCGACAGAUAAAGCGCAGCCAUCGCUUCAGCUAGCUAGCGCAUCUCGUCAUUCUUGGCUCGUCUAUGGUCCCUCGCCCUCGGCCAUCGCCAUGAACUCCUCCUCAUCCUCGACACCCUCCGCCCUCGACUGGCCUCUGCCCCUUGCCCCACCUGCAGCCCCGCCAGAGCUAGACGACCUGCUCGGCCGACUGAGCGUCGAACAGAAGAUUGCAAACGGGGCAGAACAUCUCCUCUCGCUGUUCGAUCGUGACAACAAGCAAGCGGACAAUGAGGUGCUGAAAAGGCAGGUCGAGUCUGAGCUUGCGAAUGCCAAUGAGAGCAUUAGGGAGCUGCAGGCUGCUAUUGAGGGGCUGAAGAGAAGUUAUGCGGAAGCGUAUCGGGAGAAGAGUGCAUCCCCCAUUCCAACUGCCUCCGACUUCGCCUCGACAUCAGCGCUCGGUUUGGACGUCGAAUCUACUUCAGCCGAUACUCGAGAAUGGCUUGAGGGCUCAACGUAUCGCAACUCCAGCUCCUACCUGGGCGACUCGACCUUCUCGCCCUCGACCAGCGCCCUCGAUAUCAUGGGCAAAGCUCCUAGUCGGCAAGACGGCGAGAGGACAAAUGACCAGGCAUACAGGCGACAAGCAUUGACUCUGCUCGAUUUGCUUCAUACCAUAGCCUCUCAGACGAGCAAUACAAUCAGCGCAGAGCCGACCAUCGAUGCUAAGUCGCCCUUUGCUGCCAUGGGCCCGCCAACGACGCCCUCGAGCACGCGGACAGCUCAGAAAGUACGGGCUGCCUCGCGCAAUCGAGCCGCCCAAGCAGCUCGCAGUCCAAACGACAGCUCAGCUAGCGCAGAUGGUAUGGAUUCUUCAUCAUCCGAAGAUGGCCAGCGCAAGAUUGAGAUCAUGGACAGUCUUGUCGGCGUAUUGCGUCGCAGCGUGCGCGUGAGGUACGAGCUUACAGCGGAGAGGGUGCUCAUGGCCACCUUGCCAUGCUUGACGGAAUGGGCGGGAAUGGAGACAAGGGCUGCAGCAUGGAGAUUAUUGCGGCAUUCCCUCGUCCCGCUGGAUAUGGAUCUCGCAGAGAGCUGGCGGGUGCACAACGUCGACCUUUAUCUCAUUCGCACGUUGCUGCGAGAUCGCAAGGCCGUAGUAGAGAAGGAACAGGCGCUCAAGCUUAUCCGAGCCGUACUCGAGCUCAAUCAUAAGAGCGUCAAUAGCGGUGGUGGCGCAGCGCGCUACGAACACCGCAUCUUGGGCGACGGAGUGGUGCGAGCCCUUGUCGCGGCCUCUGAGCCCGUGGACGAGCCAAUGCGCAACGUCUACAUCGAGACGCUAGCUGAGAUGGCAAUCAUGGAUCUGCCGCUGCUUUGCAGAGGCGGAGGGUUGAGUGCGGUCAUUCAUUCGCUCGCCGAUGGGCCUCACGAGAUUGCCCCAGAAGUGGCAAAGGUUCUCCUCUUCCUAGCCGAUGGGCCCACGACUCGCGCCUUGUUCCGGCCGAGCGUCGACCUCGAGUAUGCCCUUUCGACACUCACGGAUAUGCCGGUCCAAGAUGCGCCUCACCAGCAAGCAGAAGUUCUCACCACGUCCGCGCGAGUGGUCAGCGUCAUGCUACGUACGUGGACGGGGCUCAUCUACCUCUGCAUGAACCAGAGGAGGGCCAUCGUGUCGCUCGUCACAGCGAUGAAGGUCAGCGGAAAAGACGUGCAGGAGACCAUACUGAGGCAUAUCAUUGAGGUGUUUGAUGUGGGGCUGGGGAUUGAGAGGCAGAAGCAAAGGGCUCAGGCGAAGCUGCAAAGCGAUCUCCCCGAGCUGGAGACUGCUGAGGGACGCAGCUUCCCGUCGCGAGCCGCUCGUGAAAUGUCACGCGAACAGCGCGAGCGGAAUCGCCAUCGCAUCACGCUCAUCGACCAGUAUCUUUCGCUCCUCCUCGUCGUCUUCAUCGAGUCGGGCAUCAUCGAUGCUCUUGUCCAUAUCCUUCAGUCGACGACGGAAACGAGCCGCAGUGCGACGUUGCUCAUGGGCACACUGCUUCAGUUUGGCAAUCGCGUUCUGCCUCACAACUACAACCUCAUGGUCAACCAGCUGCCAGACCUCUUUGCUUCGGCGUCGCAGUUCCACAAGUACGAGAGUCGUGGAAAGGCAGCCACUGCUCUUUCUGCCGUUGAGAAGGCGUCGUCAGUCGUGCGCACGCAGGCUAGCGCGACAAAAUCGAUCGGCCGACCGCGAGGGGAUUCAUCUGUUGCGGGCGGUGGGGCCGGUGGUAGUACCAGCGAGGAUACGCCCCUUCGUCGACCAGUCGACAAGGCGAAGAUCCUUCAAGGCAUCAAUGUCGACGACAAUACGUUCCGCAACCAGAUCAUCGAGACGCAGGUCCUGAGCACGAGGGACCAGACAAAGUGGAAUGUCGACAUCAUGAUGGACCUUCUACAGGGGCCGCUACUCAGUCCAAGACGUCUUGAGGAGGCAAUGCGAGGGACGAAGCUACUAAAGCGACUCCUCGCCUUCUUCCAUCCCUUUGCGUUGCGCUUCUCCGACUUGCCAGCUACACCGCCAAAUCGCGUCUACAUCCGCCUAGCAACAACGCUCCUCAACACCCUCCUCACCCUGUCGGAAGGCAUCAAGUUCCUGGCAGAAGAUCGCCUCCUCAAAGAAGUUCGUGACGCCUUCUCCCAAAUCGACCCUACCUCCUCCGCACCCUCCUCAGAUCCCAUCUUCGCCAAGUCCCGCAUUACCUCGACCCUCUCGCAGGGCUACCUCGAGAUGAUUGGCACACUCAGCGCGUCGACCGAAGGAUCCAAGCUGCUUGGCCGAUUUGGCAUCUGGUCCGCCCUGUACCGCUUAUGCCAGCAGCAGACGCGAGACGACAUCGUACGGGUGAUGAUUGAGAAGCUCGACUACAGCUUAGACAGUCAUCCGAGAAUCUUGCUUGCUUGGGUGCUGACAAGCGCGAGUAGGCCGUUACGCAAGUCUGCGACGGAGCUCCUCACGAGGCUUAUACGCCGUUCCCCGAAUCCAAGGGAAUGGAUGACCUCUCUGCUUUUGGCGCAGCUGUGCGACCCCGUCUCCUCGAUACGCGACAUAGCCGUGACGAUGGUCAAGGACGUGUGCUCCUGGCCCAGAGCCCUGGAGAUGGUCGUCUCCCUUCGCCCUACGCUCGACCAUUUGGGCGAGACCGGCCACGAGCUGCUGCUUCGCUUUCUCUCCACCCCGGGAGGGGUGCGCUACCUCCUCGAAGGGGACUACAUUUAUCGCGAGAUGGACGAGUGGCUCAAUGAGCGCUCUCACCGCUACGCGGUGCAGAUCGAAGUCAAUCUGACGCGCGCGCUCAGUAUCUACAGGAACAAGGACGAUCCAGACCUCGAAGCCGAAUUUGACGGGACAGCCCCUCCUCACUUCUACGGCGAGCUCGUCAAGACGCCAGAAGGCUGUCAGGUGCUCAACCAGAAGGGUCAUUUCCUCGAAUUUGCUCACUUCAUCCGACAGCACGGCAUGGAGGGCAGUGACGGGGAGAUACUCGCGAAGCUGAAGAGCAUCCUGUGGACCGUGGCCAACAUCGGUGCUACGACGGGCGGGUUUCCCUUUCUCGAAGCACACGGAACAGUCGCUUGUAUCGUGGACAUUGCUGAGCGAUCCCCUGUGCUCUCCGUGCGCGGGACAUGCUUCUAUGUCAUUGGUCUCAUCUCGACGACCAGGCAGGGAGCAGAGUCACUGCACGACCACGGAUGGCAAAGCGUCUGUACGACGUUUGGUGCGCCGAUUGGAAUCUGCCUGCCCGUUCAGCUCGACGACUUUGUCUAUCUGCCGGCAUGGGAGUAUGAGGAGCGCUCCGCUGCCCAGCCGAGCACGUCUACUGUACUGCAACCUCCCGCGAGUACGCUGCAUCGCUCCAUUCUCGCGUCGAUCUCCAAUUUGGGCAACUCUAUCCUUGCCAACAAGGCAGCAAAGACGCUCUCGCGGCUCAAGACGAGGCAUCGCAGUGCUUUCCGAGACCUGUCACUGUUCGUGCGUGCGCUCGAGGUGCUUGAUGGGUACAAGCUCAGGCAGGCUGUGAGACGCUUCAUCUGGGACUUGUUCGAGGUGAACCUCGACGAGGGUACGGUUGAGCGCAUAGCGGCAAAGAGGAGGCAGAUGAUGGCGUCGACGGCAAGCACGGGGCGACGCGGGGCUAUGAACGGGGGCACGCACAGCAAUGGCGGUGCGGUGCCUCGCUCCGUGACGCUGCCAGCGAUGUCAUCUCCUGCCGUGGGAUCGCAGACUCGCCGUAUGUCAAGCGCGCUGCCCGUCCGUUCGAUGCGGCGGAAUGACCUGCGACCCAACCCGAUUGAGGACGCAGCGUACGCGGAUGGUGUCGGUGAGGAAGAUUGGGAAGAGGCUGACGAGCUUGGUCAUCAUGACGGAGGCGAGGACGCAAGCAGCGGCGAGGAGGAAGAGAGCGCGGAUGCGAGCGGAUCUGAGGAUGAGGAAGACGAGGAUGAGACGGAGCAAGGCGAGCAGGGCGAACAGGACGACGCUGAUGAGCGGCUUCGUGACGGCGGUCUUGGUCUAGGCCUGAGCCUUCACGGAGCUGGGAAUGGCCAGGCGCCCAAACGACGAAGCCUCUCUUCAUCAGCCGCCCUCGGUCGACACGGAGCUAGCACGACUGCCUUAGGAGCUAUGCGCGGCGCAGCCAACACUCCGGCUUUCCCCGCGCACGAAUCCCUGGUUGUCAUCGACGGCUUUGGAGAGCAUCGCAGCAGUCGUCUGGUUGAUCCACCCAGGUACGCCCCCGCCCCUGGGGUGAGGAUCAUUGGUGGAUUUGGAACUGCGGGCGCGGCGGGUGAGUCAGACUUUCUAUCUGGCGGGGCCGGGGGCCCGGCCGGGGGUGGGGUCACUGCGGUGUCGGUUGCUGAUGAGAUGUGAGUGCGACGUGGUGUCAUGUAGUGCGAUGAUGCAGAGUAUUGGAUUCGAGUUCAAUCAAAAGCUCAAAUAUUCUCGCGCGUGUGUCGCCUCGACUGUCGAGCGAGUCGUAUGUCGCGCAGCUAGGUGUGAAGCUGGCAACGAUCGAGUACGGCGUGUAAUUCGCGCCGAAGCCCUCGCGCGCUUAGCCUAACGGUAAGGUGGGGAGUUGGGUGUGACGGUAGCAUCCCUUCUUUGGGUUCCGUAGUCGCUGUGACCUCAGUGGUGUCCCACGGCGCCGCAGACUGGUAGCGACGGUCAACCACGUUGGAGGUGGCAGUCGGUUCGACUCCGGCAUCUCCCCUUGCAUCAUUUCUUUUGCCUCGGGCGGUACCGCGUGCGGAUCAAGACGCUUGUGACACGGACAGGCUGUUCCCUUGCAGCGCACUCGGUAUUCUGAUCGUCGCAUCGUCGUCGUCGUCGCGUUGGCGCGCUC